GGAUUCGUCCAGCGAGUAUCAGUGGGGUUUCCGCGUCGCGUGAAUGAAACUAUUGUCAGUGCUCAAGUGAGCAGCAGCGGCGCUCCUCGUAAUGAUGGCAGACACACGGGCCGAUCCCGCCGCGCAGUCGGAGCUGAUGGAUGAGGACGAGCCCUUCUUCAGUAACCUGGACCUCUUCCUCUUCUCGCUCAUCGCUGGCCUGCUCGUCUACUGGAUCAUUUUCCGCAAAAAAGCCGAGCCCAUCCCGGAGUUCAAAAAACUAGAGUCUACGCCUCAAACAACCAGAGAAACCAGUUUUAUUGGCAAAAUGAAGAAAACGGGCAAGAACAUCGUGGUGUUUUACGGCUCACAGACGGGCACGGCUGAAGAGUUUGCCAACAGACUUGCAAAAGAUGCUCAUCGCUACGGCAUGAAGGGAAUGGCAGCGGAUCCAGAGGAAUAUGACAUGAGUGAGCUCUCCCGUCUGACUGAGGUUGAGAACUCGAUAGCGAUCUUCUGCAUGGCCACGUAUGGAGAGGGAGACCCGACCGAUAACGCUCAGGACUUCUAUGACUGGUUACAGGAGGGCGAUGCCGACUUCAGUGGAGUUAAAUAUACAGUGUUUGCACUGGGAAAUAAGACAUACGAGCACUAUAACUCCAUGGGAAAGUAUGUGGACAAGAGACUGGCUGAGCUGGGAGCCCGGCGGAUCUUUGACCUGGGAAUGGGAGACGAUGACGGGAAGUGCAGUUUUCCCUGGUUACCCUCUGACCCUGGUGGAGACUUCAUGGUUUACCUUCUGUCGUUCAUUGUCUGUUCUCACAGGCCCUUUGAUUCGAAGAACCCUUUCCUGGCUGCGGUCACUGUGAACCGCAAGCUCAAUAAGGCUGGAGACAGACACCUGAUGCACCUGGAGCUGGACAUCACAGGCUCCAAAAUCAGGUAUGAAUCAGGGGACCAUGUGGCUGUGUAUCCCAUCAAUGACAGCGUCAUAGUCAACCGGAUCGGUGAUCUCCUCGGUGUGGACCUCGACACGGUCAUCUCGCUCAACAACCUCGACGAGGAGUCCAAUAAGAAGCAUCCGUUCCCCUGUCCCAGCACGUACCGCACCGCUCUGACGCACUAUCUGGACAUCACCAAUCCUCCGCGCACAAACGUGCUUUAUGAACUGGCGCAGUACGCCACCGAGCCCAAAGAUCAGGAGAACAUGAGGAAGAUGGCCUCCUCCUCGCCGGAGGGCAAAGCGCUGUACCAGAGCUGGGUGCUGGACUCCUGCAGGAAUAUUUUGGCUAUUCUGGAGGAUUUUCCGUCUCUGCGGCCUCCCAUCGAUCACCUGUGUGAGCUCCUGCCUCGACUGCAGGCCCGCUACUACUCCAUCGCAUCCUCCUCAAAGGUUCAUGCCAACAGCAUCCACAUCUGUGCUGUAGUGGUGGAGUACGAGACCAAGACAGGCCGGGUCAACAAAGGAGUCGCCACUAACUGGCUGAAGAACAAGAUGCCAACCGACAACGGACACAAGGCCACGGUGCCCAUGUACAUCCGCAAGUCUCAAUUCCGCCUGCCCUUCAAGUCCACAAACCCGGUUAUCAUGGUCGGCCCGGGCACGGGCAUCGCCCCCUUCAUGGGCUUCGUUCAGGAGCGCGGCUGGCUCAAAGAACAAGGUAAGGACGUUGGAGACACAGUGUUGUACUAUGGCUGCCGUUACAAGAAGGAGGACUUCCUGUACCAAGAGGAACUGGAGGAGUUUGAGAAGACUGGGGUUCUGACGGCACUCAAUGUAGCUUUCUCCAGAGACCAGGCCGAGAAGGUGUACGUGCAGCAUCUGCUGAAGAAGAACAAGGAGGCCGUCUGGAGGCUGGUUCACUCCGACAACGCUCACAUCUACAUCUGCGGAGACGCGCGUAACAUGGCUCGCGACGUCCAGAACGCCUUCUACGAGAUCGCAGAGGAGCUGGGAGGACUGAGCCGCUCGCAGGCGGUGGAUUACGUCAAGAAACUCAUGACUAAAGGACGCUACUCGCAGGACGUCUGGAGCUAAACCAGCUCGCUCCCUUCCCCUUCUGUACAUUCCUGAUGUGUGCUUUCAUUCCUACGAGUCUGUCAUCCUUCAGAAAGAAAACACUGGCACACACGACCUCAUUCUAAAAUGAAUUAUCUCAUGUUACGUUAGAGACAGAAAUCCUGUGUAGAAUCGUGAUCUUAACCUACUAAUCAAAUACAUAUGCAUGAGACGUUAUAAUCAAAAAUACGGUCGUUUUUAGUAUCCACCAGACACAGUGUGCAGAGCUGGAUUAAUGCUGUAGCAGUACUUUGAGACUUAAACUCACGGUUAUUGUUAUGAACUGGAUGAAAGUGGUUUUAAACAUGCAAAAAAACAGAUUCCUGGAGGAGUAUGAUGAAGUUGCUCACUUCUCAGUCUUCAGAUGUCAGUUUAGUUCUCUGAAGUACUUCAUUUCAUUUUUCUGUAAGUGCCCAGUAAAGUUCAUCUCUAUUCAUUUCUCAUAAUCUCAUAUAACAGUAUGUGAUGUUGAGAUGCAGACAAGGGAACAGAUGCUGGUCUGGAAGCUCUAGUGCCUUAUUUACUGUGUCAUUUGCAUUAGCGGAAGACCAGCAUUGCUGCUGAAAACAGUAGAAAUAUAUAUAGUAGUAGUAUUUUUUCUCUUUUUUACAUAAUCAUAGUUUCAUAUGCACCUGUUGUUUCCAAUGCAUACAGCUGUUUAGGCAUAUUUGUAGUGAUUAAAUAUAAAUUUAACAUUUAA